AUGUCACUGGUUUCUGUAAAUCUGAUUGAUCUAAAUGUUCACUGUACUGCCCAAAAGGUUCUCGCUGGUGGGACUAGUGGUGCCAGCGGCCUCAAGCCACUGGGAGGCAUUGUUCCAAAUUCAAGAUAUGGAGAUAAAUGUAUCUAUGUCAUCAUAGCUCCACCUAGAGGUGAAACUACAUCGAGCGGUUUCCAUCUGACGGGAGUCUGUUGUGUUUUUCAGGGGUUUUUUAGCAAACGUCUGAAAGGGUCCAUCAAGAGGACGAAGAGUCAAACCAAAUUGGACAGAAACACCAGCUUCAGGCUACCGUCCCUCCGGCCUGCAGACGCAGACAGACUGCACGGGCUUCCCAAGUUAAAGGAGUCCAGCUCCCAUGAGUCUUUGCUGAGCCCCGGCAGCGCGGUGGAGGCUCUGGACCUGAGCAUGGAGGACGACGUCUUCGUCAAACCUCUGCACAGCAGCAUCCUGGGACAGGACUUCUGCUUCGAGGUGUCGUAUUCAGGAGGAAGUAAGUGUUUCAGCUGCACGUCGGCCUCAGAGAGAGACAAGUGGAUGGAAAACCUGCGGAGGACGAUUCAACCCAACAAGGAUAACUGCCGGCGAGAGGACAACCUGCUGCGACUGUGGAUCAUCGAAGCCAAAGAUCUGCCACCUAAGAAGAGAUACUUCUGUGAGCUCUGCCUGGAUGACGUUCUGUAUGCCCGAACCACCAGCAAGACUCGUCAUGACAGCCUGUUCUGGGGCGAGUACUUCGACUUCUCCAGCGUGCCCGCCGUGCGUAGCAUCACUGUGCACAUCUACCGCGACGCUGACAAGAAGAAGAAGAAGGACAAAAACAACUACGUGGGCCUGGUCAACAUCCCGGUGUCCGGAAUGACAAGCCGGCAGUUUAUGGAGAAGUGGUACCCAGUCAGCACGCCGACGGCCAGCAAGGGCAAAGGAGGCGGGCCAUCGAUCCGCAUCAAAUCCCGCUUCCAGACCAUCACCAUCCUGCCCAUGGAGCAGUACAAAGAGUUCGCAGAGUUCAUCACCAACAACUACGGCAUGCUGUGCUCGGUUCUGGAGCCUGUCAUCAGUGUGAAGAACAAGGAGGAGAUGGCCUCAGCCCUGGUCCACAUCCUGCAGAGCACCGGCAGGGCAAAGGACUUCCUGACAGACCUGGUGAUGUCCGAGGUGGACCGCUGUGCCGAUCACGACGUGCUGAUCUUCAGGGAGAACACGCUGGCUACCAAAUCCAUUGAGGAGUAUCUGAAGUUGGUGGGACAGAAAUACCUUCACGACGCUCUCGGCGAGUUCAUCAAGGCACUGUAUGAGUCGGAUGAAAACUGCGAGGUUGACCCGAGUCGAUGCUCCAGCAGCGAUCUGCCCGAACACCAAAGUAACCUGAAGAUGUGCUGCGAACUCGCGUUCUGCAAGAUCAUCAACUCCUACUGCGUGUUUCCUCGGGAGCUGAAGGAGGUUUUCACAUCGUGGAAGCAGCAGUGUGUCUCACGCGGACACCAGCAGGACAUCAGCAAGCGUCUAAUCAGUUCCUCGCUCUUCCUGCGCUUCCUGUGUCCCGCCAUCAUGUCGCCGUCGCUCUUUGAGCUGAUGCAGGAAUAUCCAGACGACCGGACGUCCAGAACACUCACCCUCAUCGCCAAAGUCAUCCAAAACCUCGCCAACUUCACCAAGUUCGGGAACAAGGAGGAGUACAUGGCCUUCAUGAAUGACUUCCUGGAGCAUGAGUGGGCGGGGAUGAUGCGUUUCCUGUCAGAGAUCUCCAAUCCAGAGACUCUGUCCAACACGCCGGGCUUUGAGGGCUACAUCGACCUGGGCCGCGAGCUGUCCGUCCUUCAUGCGCUGCUGUGGGAGGUGGUGUCCCAGCUGGACAAGGCCACCGUAGCCAAGCUGGGCCCGCUGCCGAGGAUUCUGGGAGACAUCUCUCACUCACUGGCCACUCCCACACCUCAGCAGCACCUGCGGCGCUUCCAGGACCAUAGCUCCGCCCACAACAUCAGUGGCAGCCUGUCUUCUGGUCUGCAGAGAAUCUUCGAGGACCCCGUGGACAGUCACAGCGAGGUGCGCAGCCUGAAGUCUCCACUCAGGGAGGGGGUGGACGGCUAUGUGCGAAACCAGCGCCCCCUGCUGGCUCAGCAGCUCACCUCCACCCAAAGCACCAGCUGCUCCGAGCGGGAACGAGACAACCCGAUGCCAAACGGGCGCAGCGUGUCCCUGGUCGAUCUGCAGGAAGCUCAGAGCCUCCACGACCCCCCAGUGCCACUGCCCCACCACGAAGCCCCGCCCCGACUCAGCAGCAUGGGAUCCCAGUCAUCUAUUGGACACACCCCAUCCCAGAACUAUGCCCACUCCAACCCGCUCACCCCUCAGCUAAAAGCCCCGCCCAGAGACAAUCAGCCGCAGAGUGCGCCGCAGGUCCGCCGGCCGCUGCACGUGUCUGUCAGCCAGCAGCGCAGCCUGCAGCCACUGUCCUUCCAGAACCCCGUCUACCACCUCAGUAAUCCCGCCCACAGCCUCACACAGUCCUCCCACUCAGGGCGGCAGGAUUCCAGCUCUGAGAAUCUGAGCACCGAGAGCUCGCGGAACAGCCGCAGCAACUCUGAUGACUUUGGGAGCCAGGUAGGGGUCAAAGGUCGUGUGCCAUCCAACAGCAGCCUGGAUGAUUUUGGCAGUAGGCGGAGCAUGCACAGCGAGGACUGUUCGAUGCCGCGGCACCACGCCUUACAGGACCUCCCACCUGGAGUGGCAACGGCGGUGGCAAUUCCACGUCAGAGCACAACGGCCGGCACCGCCCAUAUCGUCAAAGUGGAACAGCAGAGCCGAGGAGAGGGCGGAGCCAGGACCCCACGCUCCGCCCCACACAGCGCUUCACUCCGGAGCAGCAGCAGUGCUAACACGGAGCCGACACCCACCACAGGGCUUGCCGUUAACCGUCAACACACCACGUGCUCCACAGAGAACAUGGCCCAGACCCCGAGGAGCGCCACCAAGCAGUCACAGCAGGUGCAGUCGCCGGUGGAGGCGUCGGCGAUGUCGCCGGUGGAGAGAACGGCUGCCUGGGUGCUCAACAACGGUCAGUAUGAGGAGGAGGAAGAGGAAGGAGGAGAGAGGAGUCGAGAGGAGGGCAGGAACCCUGAGAAGUACGAGGUGGAGAUUUCACGGCUGAAGGAGCGUCUGCGAGCCUCGGGCCGGCGCCUGGAGGAGUACGAGCGGCGGCUGCUGGCUCAGGAGCAGCAGAUGCAGAAGCUGCUGGUGGAAUAUAAAAGCCGUCUGGAGGACAGCGAGGAGCGUCUGCGCCGCCAACAGGAGGAGAAGGACGGCCAGAUGAACAGCAUCAUCUGCAGGCUGAUGGCGGUGGAGGCGGAGCUUAAGAGGGACCACGCAGAGAUGCAGGCGGUUAUCGAAGCCAAGCAGAAGAUCAUCGACGCUCAGGAGAAGCGGAUCGGCUCUCUGGACGCAACGAACGCGCGGCUGAUGGCAGCGCUGACGCAGGUGAAGGAGCGCUACAACACGCCGAAUCUACGCAACGGCUUGUCGCCAACAAACCCCACAAAGCUGUCAAUCACUGAGAACGGCGAGUUCAAGAACAGCAGCUGCUGAUUGGACAGGCUGCAUGGGCGUGGCCUAGUGUCUGUCCCCACCCUCUGAACAUUUAAGGAAUAUGUAAAUACACACGCACGUGCGCACGUAAGAGGAUGAAACCAGAAACAUUUUCUAGAUGUUUUUGUUUUUUAAAGCGCAGACAUUUUUAUUUAUUCCUCAACUUCCUGUUCCUGAUGCCGAUCUACUGAACCUGUAAGGCCAAGGGUCAAAGGUCACAGUGCUGUCUGCUGUCUGAGAGUUAAAGCUGCCUGAAAACUUACCUUUUUAUGUAAAAACUGUGAUUAAAAUUUUCUAAAAGUCA